CCAAUUACGUGCCGUGUUGAUGACUACCCGGCAUAAACAAAAGUAGUUAAAGCUAACUGUUAGCAUCUUAGAAUAAAGUUUUGAAUAAAUAGUUUUCUCUAUUCAACCCACAGGAAUUGGAACCAUGCUUUCUGCAGGAGAUGUCCAGAGUUCCCUUCGUAAACUGGAAAGUCUCCUGAGAAGAAUAAAAUACCCUGGUCCCGUGGACUACAACGGCAGGCUUUGUAAAGGAGACCCCUCAGCUUUUCUGCCAAUAAUGAGCUUCACCCUGACCACCUUCUCUGUCCCUUUGGCUGAGCAGCUUGUGGCAGCUGGACUUGAACUGUCCAGUAAAACUGACCUUCGGUUCACUGACACAGUUUAUAAGGUCCUUCGAGAUGUCUUCCACUUUAAGCCCGUACUGAGCAAACAACAGUUCCUCCAGCURGGUUUCUCUCAGAGAAAAGUGUCCUUCCUCUGUGACGUCAUUGACCUGGUCCUGCAGAGGCACUGCCAGCUCAAGAAGUCCUCAGAGGUGGAAAGACGACUCUCAGCGUUGGAGGCUCAACUUCAGGAUCUUCUGCCUGCGCUCAACAAGCUGAAUAGUUUGGAGAAACGCCUGGAGGAGCUUGAGAAGUGUACAAAUAUAGAUAAGAGUGAUGGAGCUUUUAUCACCAUUUCCAGAGACAGCUGGGAAAAUUUAAUGAGCAGAAUCAUUUUGUUGGAAACUAAGGAUGAACUGAGAAACCCACAGAUGAUUGUUUCUCUGCAGGGCCAGUCGUCUGCCUCUUCUCAUUCUUUCAGCUCCAUUUCUGACGCCUCACAGGUAGAGAUAAAGGAAAGACUAGAGAGGAUCUCUACAAUGCUGAAGAACUCCUCUGGUCUGUUACAGAACACUGAAUCCUUCACAUCAACCUGUAAAUAAUUCUCCGAUGAUCGUCACGUCGCAGUGUUACAACAUUCUUUUGUCUUAUUGUGGACACCUAUUAGGGCUGUUUUUCUUGUUUUGUAACAUUUUAAUGAAUCAAACAGUAAUUUUUACCAAUGACUCUGUCUCAUAAGAGUAUUUUAUGUAGUUUUAUGUAGAGCAGCAUUAGUUCUUACAAGUUUUAAUUUAAUAAAGUAAAAUAUACAGUGUGUUAA